ACUUUGCCCUACACGAUGAUAUCAACGUUAGCUACCUUUCCUCCAUUUCUGCACAAGGAUAUUAUUGAAUAUCUUAGCACAUCUUUUCUACCAAUGGCUAUAUUGGGCUCCUCAAGAAGAGAAGGUGUUCCUGCCCAUGUUAAUCUGUCUGCAUCAUCCAUGCUAAUGAUUGCAAUGCAAUACACAUCCAACCCAGUGUAUCAUUGUCAAUUAUUGGAAUGCCUCAUGAAAUAUAAGCAAGAAGUCUGGAAAGAUCUUUUAUACGUGAUUGCCUAUGGGCCUUCACAAGUGAAACCUCCGGCUGUACAAAUGCUAUUCCAUUACUGGCCCAAUUUAAAACCUCCUGGGGCAAUAAGUGAAUACAGGGGCUUGCAGUACACAGCUUGGAAUCCCAUCCACUGCCAGCACAUUGAAUGCCACAACGCAAUUAACAAGCCAGCUGUGAAGAUGUGUAUAGACCCCUCCCUGUCAGUAGCUCUAGGGGAUAAACCACCCCCAUUGUAUCUCUGUGAAGAAUGCAGCCAGAGGAUCGCGGGGGACCACAGUGAAUGGCUCAUUGAUGUGCUUCUGCCACAAGCUGAAAUAUCUGCUAUAUGUCAGAAAAAGAACUGCAGUUCCCAUGUAAGAAGAGCAGUUGUUACCUGCUUCUCAGCGGGGUGCUGCGGCCGUCACGGAAACAGGCCUGUGCGGUACUGCAAGAGAUGCCACUCGAAUCAUCACAGCAACGAAGUGGGGGCUGCGUCCGAGACCCACCUCUAUCAGACCUCCCCUCCGCCCAUCAACACUCGGGAAUGUGGUGCCGAGGAGCUGGUCUGCGCUGUGGAGGCCGUGAUCAGCUUGUUGAAAGAAGCCGAGUUCCAUGCCGAGCAGCGGGAAUAUGAGCUGAAUCGCCGGCGGCAGCUGGGACUUUCCUCUUCCCACCAUUCCCUGGAUAACACUGACUUUGACAACAAGGACGAUGAUAAACACGACCAGCGACUACUCAGUCAAUUUGGAAUAUGGUUUUUAGUGAGCCUCUGCACGCCCAGUGAGAACACACCUACGGAGAGCUUGGCCAGGCUGGUGGCCAUGGUGUUUCAGUGGUUUCACUCCACGGCAUAUAUGAUGGAUGAUGAAGUUGGAAGUUUGGUGGAAAAACUGAAGCCUCAGUUUGUCACCAAGUGGUUGAAGACCGUCUGUGAUGUUCGCUUUGAUGUCAUGGUCAUGUGCCUUCUUCCCAAGCCAAUGGAAUUUGCCAGGGUUGGUGGAUACUGGGAUAAAUCCUGCAGCACAGUGACUCAGUUGAAGGAAGGUCUCAACCGAAUUCUCUGCCUGAUCCCCUACAAUGUGAUCAGUCAGUCUGUGUGGGAGUGUAUUAUGCCCGAGUGGCUGGAAGCCAUCAGAACAGAAGUCCCAGAUAACCAGUUAAAAGAAUUCAGGGAAGUAUUAAGCAAAAUGUUUGACAUUGAGCUCUGUCCUCUACCUUUUUCAUUGGAAGAAAUGUUUGGCUUUAUUAGUUGUCGGUUCACAGGAUACCCUUCCUCUGUGCAGGAACAAGCUUUACUGUGGCUUCAUGUAUUAUCGGAGUUAGACAUCAUGGUUCCACUUCAACUAUUGAUAAGUAUGUUUUCUGAUGGAGUUAAUUCUGUUAAAGAACUGGCAAAUCAAAGAAAAUCAAGAGUCAGUGAACUGGCAGGGAACCUUGCAGCUCGAAGGGUGAGUGUCGCCUCUGAUCCUGGCCGACGAGUUCAGCACAAUAUGCUGAGUCCAUUUCAUAGUCCUUUUCAGAGUCCAUUUCGGAGUCCUAUGCGUAGUCCAUUUCGUAGCCCUUUCAAGAAUUUUGGACACCCAGGAGGAAGGACUAUUGACUUUGAUUGUGAAGAUGAUGAAAUGAAUCUAAAUUGUUUCAUCCUCAUGUUUGAUCUUCUCCUGAAGCAGAUGGAGUUACAAGAUGAUGGGAUCACCAUGGGUUUAGAGCACAGCUUAUCAAAGGACAUUAUUUCCAUUAUAAACAAUGUCUUCCAAGCCCCCUGGGGGGGCUCCCAUACCUGCCAGAAGGAAGAAAAGGCAAUUGAGUGUAACUUAUGUCAGUCUAGUAUUCUCUGCUAUCAGCUUGCUUGUGAACUGUUGGAGAGACUGGCUCCUAAAGAAGAAAGCCGGCUGGUGGAGCCCACAGACAGCCUUGAGGAUAGCCUUCUUUCUUCCAGACCAGAGUUUAUUAUAGGCCCUGAAGGUGAGGAGGAGGAGAAUCCAGCAACCAAGCAUGGGGAGAACCCGGGCAGUCGCGCUGAGCCCACGGAGCACACUGCAAUAAAGAAUGACACUGAGAGAAAGUUUUGCUACCAACAGCUUCCAGUAACUUUGAGACUAAUAUACACCAUUUUCCAGGAAAUGGCUAAGUUUGAAGAGCCAGACAUUCUUUUUAAUAUGCUCAAUUGCCUGAAGAUUCUCUGUCUACAUGGAGAGUGUUUAUACAUCGCUAGAAAACACCAUCCUCAAUUUUUAGCCUAUAUUCAGGAUCAUAUGUUGAUUGCAAGCCUGUGGAGAGUCGUCAAAUCUGAGUUCUCCCAACUGUCUUCAUUGGCAGUUCCUCUGCUUCUCCAUGCUUUGUCACUUCCUCAUGGUGCUGACAUCUUCUGGACAAUCAUAAAUGGCAAUUUCAACAGUAAAGACUGGAAGAUGAGGUUUGAAGCAGUGGAAAAAGUGGCUGUAAUUUGUAGAUUUUUGGAUAUUCACUCAGUGACCAAAAACCACCUGCUGAAGUACUCCCUGGCACAUGCCUUCUGCUGCUUUCUGACAGCUGUGGAGGAUGUGAACCCAGCAGUGGCCACCAGGGCCGGUCUCCUGCUUGACACCAUAAAGAGGCCAGCAUUGCAGGGUCUGUGUCUUUGUCUCGAUUUCCAGUUUGAUACUGUGGUUAAAGAUCGACCCACAAUACUGAGCAAGCUUUUACUCCUGCAUUUUCUUAAGCAAGAUAUUCCUGCUUUGAGCUGGGAGUUCUUUGUCAACAGAUUUGAGACACUUUCUUUGGAAGCUCAGCUACAUUUGGAUUGUAACAAAGAAUUUCCUUUUCCUACAACUAUCACUGCUGUAAGGACCAAUGUCGCCAACCUCAGUGACGCGGCAUUGUGGAAGAUCAAGAGGGCUCGUUUUGCGAGGAACCGCCAGAAGAGCGUGCGUUCUCUGAGAGACAGCGUGAAGGGGCCCGUGGAAUCCAAGAGGGCCCUCUCCCUCCCUGAGACCUUAACCUCCAAAAUUCGCCAACAGUCUCCUGAGAAUGACAACACCAUCAAGGACUUGCUCCCGGAAGAUGCGGGGAUCGACCACCAGACAGUUCACCAGCUAAUCACAGUGCUCAUGAAGUUCAUGGCCAAGGAUGAGAGCAGCGCCGAGUCAGACAUCAGCAGCGCGAAGGCCUUCAACACAGUCAAGCGGCACCUGUAUGUCUUACUCGGCUAUGACCAACAGGAAGGUUGCUUCAUGAUCGCACCCCAAAAAAUGCGCCUGUCAACUUGCUUUAAUGCAUUUAUUGCAGGAAUUGCCCAAGUUAUGGACUAUAACAUUAACUUGGGCAAACACCUUCUCCCUUUGGUGGUUCAGGUGCUCAAAUAUUGCUCUUGUCCUCAACUGCGGCAUUAUUUUCAACAGCCACCUCGUUGUUCCCUCUGGUCCCUAAAACCUCACAUCCGGCAGAUGUGGUUGAAGGCCUUGCUUGUCAUCCUUUACAAGUAUCCAUACCGAGACUGUGACAUCAGCAAGAUCCUGCUGCACCUGAUUCACAUAACAGUCAAUACACUCAAUGCACAGUAUCAUAGCUGCAAGCCCCAUGCCACGGCAGGACCUUUGUACAGUGACAACAGUAACAUAAGCAGAUACAGCGAGAAAGAAAAAGAAGAAGAUAGUGUUUUUGAUGAAUCUGAUAUUCAUGAUACACCUACUGGACCCUGCAAUAAAGAGUCUCAAACUUUUUUUGCAAGAUUGAAAAGAAUAGGCGGCAGCAAAAUGGUGAAAUAUCAGCCGGUUGAGAUGAAUGUUCAGAGAAGUGAAAUAGAACUGGCCGAAUAUAGAGAAACGGGUGCAUUACAAGACAGCAUUCUGCACUGUGUGAGAGAAGAAAGCAUUCAGAAAAAAAAGCUGCGCUCUUUAAAACAAAAAUCUCUUGAUAUAGGGAAUGCAGACUCCCUCUUGUUUACGUUAGACGAGCACCGGAGGAAGUCCUGCAUAGACCGGUGCGACCCAGAUAAGCCUCCUGCCCAUGCUGCUUACGUCAUGCAAAGACAUGACCACGGACGCCCGAGACAGAAUUCUGCUACCCGGCCUGAUGACCCCGAACUGCCCGAGAACCCCGCAAUGGAAAGUUUCCAGGAAGCUCGCAGGCCUGUGAUACCCGAAGUUCGGUUAAACUGCAUGGAGACGUUUGAGGUCAAGGUUGAUUCUCCUGUAAAGCCUGCUCCUAAAGAGGAUUUAGAUCUGAUAGAUUUGUCCUCUGAUUCAACGUCUGGGCCUGAGAAACGCUCGGUGCUCUCAACGUCUGACAGCGACUCUCUUGUGUUUGAGCCCCUUCCCCCUCUCCGAAUAGUAGAGAGUGACGAGGAGGAGGAGACCACGGGGCCGGGCCUGGGAAAUGAGGGGGCCUCUGCUAAGAAGGCCGCCUCCUCUCCCUCGGUCCCCAGUCCCCGCUCUGUCCCCAGCCUCAGCACCCCUCCCCUCGUGCAAGUAAGUGUGGAGGAUUGUUCCAAAGACUUUUCUUCCAAGGACUCAGGAAACCACCAGUCAGCAGGUGCCAUGGACUUGGCGCUCAUAGCUCUGGAGGACCCCGCAGACUCCGCAGAAUUCGCAAAGCAGGGGGAGCCGCAGGACUUGGCCUGUGGCAGCCCACUGACGCUGAAGCAGAAACGAGACCUCCUUCAGAAGUCAUAUGCUCUCCCUGAGGUGUCCCUGGAUGACAGCCCGGAGCCCAGUGUCCAGGAGGAGAAGCCCAGUGGGCCGAUGCCGAGUUCGGGGGCAAAAACUGUCCUCCUCAAAGUCCCCGAGGAUGCUGAGAAUCCAGUGGGAAGUGAGAAGGCUGACGCCAGCGCCGAGUCCGAUACAGAACAGAAUCCGGAGAGGAAGACGGAAGAGGAGGGAGCUGAGGAGUCCGAAUUCAAGAUCCAGAUUGUUCCCAGGCAGAGGAAACAGAGGAAGAUCGCAGUCAGUGCCAUCCAGAGAGAGUACCUGGACAUUUCCUUCAACAUUCUAGACAAGCUGGGGGAACAGAAAGAUCCAGAUCCCUCUACUAAAGGACUUUCAACUUUGGAAAUGCCACGAGAAUCCUCGUCUGCCCCAACAUUAGAAGCAGGGGUACCAGAAACCAGUAGCCAUUCCUCAAUAACAACUCAGUAUAGGCAGAUGAAAAGGGGAUCCCUGGGAGCUCUAACAAUGAGCCAGUUAAUGAAGCGACAGCUGGAGCAUCAGUCUAGCGCCCCCCAUAACAUCAGCAACUGGGACACUGAACAGAUACAGCCCGGGAAACGCCAAUGCAAUGUGCCAAUGUGCCUCAACCCUGACCUGGAGGGACAACCAUUGAGAAUGAGAGGCGCCACGAAAUCCAGCCUGCUGUCAGCACCCAGCAUCGUCAGCAUGUUUGUGCCGGCGCCCGAAGAAUUCACGGACGAGCAGCCGACGGUGAUGACAGACAAAUGCCAUGACUGUGGGGCCAUUCUUGAAGAAUAUGAUGAGGAAACCCUUGGGCUGGCCAUUGUGGUCCUUUCCACAUUCAUUCACUUAAGCCCAGACUUGGCAGCCCCUCUCUUGCUGGAUAUAAUGCAGUCUGUGGGAAGAUUGGCAUCCAGCACUACUUUUUCCAAUCAAGCGGAAAGCAUGAUGGUUCCUGGCAAUGCAGCGGGGGUGGCCAAGCAGUUCCUACGCUGCAUCUUCCAUCAGCUGGCCCCCAACGGCAUCUUCCCGCAGCUCUUCCAGAGCACGAUCAAAGAUGGGACUUUCUUACGGACCUUAGCCACGUCUCUCAUGGACUUCAAUGAGCUGAGCUCUCUCGCUGCUCUCAGUCAGCUCCUGGAGGGUCUAAAUAACAAAAAGAAUUUACCAGCAGGGGGUGCUAUGAUACGCUGUUUGGAAAACAUUGCUACCUUCAUGGAAGCUUUGCCCAUGGAUUCUCCUAGCAGCCUCUGGACCACAAUCAGCAACCAGUUUCAGACGUUUUUUGCCAAGCUGCCUUGUGUUUUGCCUCUGAAGUGUUCUUUAGAUUCCAGUUUGAGAAUUAUGAUUUGCCUCUUGAAGAUACCCUCUACCAAUGCCACAAGGAGUCUGUUGGAACCAUUUUCAAAGCUGCUCAGCUUUGUAAUUCAGAAUGCCGUCUUCACGUUGGCCUACCUGGUGGAGGUGUGUGGUUUGUGUUACCGAGCUUUCACGAAGGAGCGGGAUAAAUUCUACUUGUCUCGUAGUGUUGUUCUGGAGCUCCUGCAGGCGCUGAAGCUCAAAUCCCCUUUACCAGACACAAACCUCCUUCUCCUUGUCCAGUUUAUUUGUGCAGAUGCUGGAACCAAACUAGCUGAGUCCACAAUCCUGAGCAAGCAGAUGAUUGCCUCCGUACCUGGAUGUGGGACAGCCGCGAUGGAGUGUGUGAGGCAGUACAUCAACGAGGUACUGGACUUCAUGGCGGACAUGCACACCCUCACCAAGCUGAAGAGCCACAUGAAGACAUGUUCCCAGCCUCUGCAUGAAGAUACGUUUGGUGGACACCUCAAAGUCGGGCUGGCUCAAAUCACAGCCAUGGAAAUCUCACGGGGCAACCACAGGGAUAACAAGGCUGUGAUUCGCUACCUGCCGUGGCUCUAUCAUCCCCCUUCCGCCAUGCAGCAAGGGCCGAAAGAAUUCAUCGAGUGUAUCUCCCGCAUCCGUCUGCUGUCCUGGCUUCUCCUGGGCUCCCUCACUCAUAAUGCAGUGUGUCCAAACGCCUCCUCCCCGUGCCUGCCCAUACCUCUGGAUGCCGGCUCUCAUAUUGCAGACCAUCUCAUUGUCAUCCUGAUUGGAUUUCCAGAGCAAUCAAAGACCUCCGUGCUGCAUAUGUGUUCUCUCUUCCACGCAUUUAUCUUUGCUCAGCUCUGGACAGUAUAUUGCGAACAAAGUGCCGUAGCUACAAAUGUCCAAAGUCAGAAUGAAUUCAGCUUCACGGCCAUCCUGACCGCGCUGGAGUUCUGGAGCAGGGUGACACCCAGCAUCCUUCAGCUGAUGGCUCACAACAAAGUGAUGGUAGAGAUGGUGUGCCUCCAUGUGAUUAGUUUAAUGGAGGCAUUGCAAGAAUGCAAUUCAACAAUUUUUGUCAAGCUGAUACCUAUGUGGUUGCCAAUGAUUCAGUCAAAUAUCAAGCACUUAUCCGCCGGACUCCAGCUUCGCCUCCAGGCCAUUCAGAACAACGUGAACCACCACAGCCUCCGGGCGCUGCCGGGCUCGGCCCAGAGCAGCGCCGGCCUGGCGGCCCUUCGCAAGUGGCUGCAGUGCACCCAGUUCAAGAUGGCCCAAGUGGAGAUCCAGUCCUCGGAGGCAGCCUCUCAGUUUUAUCCUCUAUGAGCGGACUCCUCGGCUCUCAGCGUCAACACUCUGGUUUAGCAAUAAUGGGUUUCCAAACAAAACAAUUUGAUCCAAGCAGGCUGGGGAACACACUGGUACUGUCCAUUCUCUUUCUAGUCUAGUAAAAGACGUGCAAAGGCCAGAGAAGGCCAACAAUGAAGCUUUCUUGCUACACAUAUUUCUGAUGACUCCUUGGGCUAUCUGAUUAAGUGUUUCCUUACAUUAUUUUUUAAAAAAAAAAAAAAAACAAAUCAUUUUU